AUGCAACGCCAGUACUUUGAACAGCCACGAUGCCACAUGCUGCACCGCCGGAAUGGCACUUCCAGUUUAAACGCAGAAGCGCCAGCUGCUAACGGUGUGGGGAACCAAAGUGAAGAACGGGCACUCUCUUCGCAUGAUGCGGACAAGGAGCACCGGUCGAAGCCACUUUCGCCACUUCUGUUACUGGGUCUCAUGUACACGUACACCAUUUGUGGUGCCUACGCGAUUGAAGAGACCGUAAUGGGCGGAGGCCCGCUUCUCGCCCUCAUCUCGAUUGUACUGAUUCCUAUAUUCAUGGCAGCUCCAACUGCGGUUGUGGUCGCCGAAAUGGCCACAGCGAUUCCAUCCAAUGCUGCCUUCUUGAUGUGGAUCAAUGUCUCUUUCCACCGUACUGUGUAUUUCACAAUGGUGAUCCUGACCCUGUUGCUGACCUUCAUCGACAAUGCGCUUUUCCCAGUGCUUGUCUCGGAGUACGUAUGCACAUCGAUCUCCUGUUCGGAUACGGGGGUGAAACUACUUCGUGCUGGAAUGCUUUUGCUCACAUACAUCCUGAACUUGGUGGGGGUGCAGGCGGUGGGCAUGACGAGUGUCCUGCUUUCCAUCAUUACUGUGUCACCGUUCCUUUUGAUGUUCGCCAUGCACCUCGUCAACAGUGGUUUCUACCUGAACUGGCCGGCCAUAAGCUAUAUCCCGAGUGAGAUUGAUUGGCCAACGUUCAUCACGACUGCAUCAUGGAAUCUCUGUGGUCUGGAGCAGGCUGCUGCGGUUUCUGAAGAGAUCAAGGCCCCACACCGCACCAUCAUUCUCGCGCUCGUGCCGCUCAUGGGACUGGCAUUUUUGACGUACAUUCCCCCAAUUCUGACGGGCGCAAGCGUGGAAAAAGGUCCGCCGGACGUGGAGGAGUGGACAACUGGGUACUGGGCGGUCGUGGCCCGUAACGUGGGAGGGCAGCCCCUUCAGGUUUUAAUGGUUGUUGCCAGUGUUUUCUCUGCAUUUGGACAGACACUUUCGGCUCUUUGCACAACAACGCAUAUCAUUGCUGGCAUGGCGUACACCGAUGUGUUCCCGGGGCCGGUGGGCCGUAUUCUGUAUCAGCGUAAUAAACGCUUUGGCACGCAUCACUGGGCCCUGACGGUCAACACGCUAAUCACGGGCAUAUUUAGUGUGCUGCUUGACUUUGGCCCUCUGGUAAAGGCGGACCAGGUGUUGUACGGCAUAAGGGUGGUGCUGAUCUUCCUGUCCUUCUUGAUUGUGCGAUACCGAUACCCGCACCUGCACCGGCCAUUCCGUGUCCCACUGGAGGGGUACCAGCUUGGCUUGUUUGCCGUGCCAAUACUCCUCUUUGUUGCACUGACGAUAGUGGCGAUGCUGGAAGACAUGCAAACAGUCAUCAUUAAUUUAUCCGUUUUGGGUGGUGCUGUUUUGGUAUCUGUACUGUACUGUUUCCUGUGGCGAAAGGAGGAUUUUGACGGGAGGGUGGUGACAGAGACUAUUUUGGAGGACCAAGAGAGCCAAGAAUGA